ACUUCAUGAGAUAAACAAUCACAUAAAAUUUUGUUUGGACGAGACCAGAAAAACCAUAUGAUUACUGGAAAUAUGAGGGGAAGAGGAUGAAAGGGAAUUGCUGGUCGCGUGGUCGUAUGAUUUUCGUGACUUUGACUGCCUUCUUCUGGAGGAUUAUGUACGUUCUUUUUACUUUUUCCGCUGUCUUCCUUCCCCUUCGAUGAGUAAAACUAACUUCAUCACCAUUCUUUGUCUCCCUUUCUUUCUCCACGUCCGCCAUCCCCUUCUCUCACCCGAUUCUUAUGACUACCCACUGUAAUCCUCCCAAUUCCACGUAGCUCCGCCCAUGUUCACAAGUUCUAAGCACUGGAAGCAAAAAGAAAGCAACUCAUGCCCCCCUGAAACUAGGAUAUUUCCAGCCGGAGUGGGUAAAAGAGCAAUUUUUCAGGACCCGUCACUCCCAAUUCUUUGACUGUUUAUUUUUUUUUCUUUCUGAACCAAAGUUGGGAAUCGGGGUUUGUGUACUGAUAAUGUUGCAUUGCCUAAGUUUUACCCGUUGGAACUAUAGAUGUAAAAACUUGAGUCAGGAAUUCCACAGCAUUGGCAAAAAAGAUUUUCUAUUUGAUGCAAAUAAAUAUUUGAAGGAGUUGGCGAACUCCGGUCGAAUUGAUGAAGCUAGGAAAGUGUUUGAUGCAAUGCCUAAGAGAGACGAGUUUUCGUGGAAUACAAUGAUUUCUGGGUAUGCAAAUUUAGGAAGGUUUGUUGAAGCUAGGACACUCUUCGACGAGACUCCAAAAAUGAGUGCAAUUACUUGGGCAUCAUUUAUUUCUGGAUACUGUAAAAUGGGGUGUGAAAUUGAGAGUAUUGAACUGUUUUGGCAAAUGCUAUGCGAGGGGCACAAGCCCAGUAAGUUUGUGUUGGGAAAUGUGCUUAGGAUGUGCUCUAUUAAGCGUCUACUUUCAAGAGGUGAACAAACUCAAGGUUAUGCUAUUAAGACACAAUUUGAUAGGGAUGUCUUCAUUGUUACUGGGCUAAUCGACAUGUACGUGAAAUGUUGUCGUGUUCUUGAAGCUGAAUAUCUUUUUAAAAAGAUGGCUAGUGGGAAAAAUCAUGUUACAUGGACUGCUAUGAUUAAUGGUUAUUCGCUAAAUAGUGAUGCUGACAAAGCAAUUCAAUGCUUUAGGGGUAUGAGGUCUGAAGGGGUAGAGGCCAACCAGUAUACAUUCCCAGCAGUGUUGACAGCUUGUGGAUCUGUUUCUGAUCUUAUGUUUGGGGUGCAGGUGCAUAGUUGUGUUGUUCAUGGUGGUUUUGGUGAUAAUGUGUUUGUUCAAAGUGCGUUGGUCAAUAUGUAUGCCAAGUGUGGGGACUUGAGAAGUGCCAGGAAAGCAUUAGAGUCAAGGGAGGUUGUUGAUGUGAUUUCAUGGAAUGCCAUGAUAGUUGGGUGUGUGAGACAGGGUUCCUCAGAGGAUGCAUUGUCAUUAUUUCGUACAAUGCAUGCAAAACGUAUGGAAUUUGAUGAGUUCACAUACCCCUCCAUCCUCAAUGCUCUUGCUUCCAAGAAAGAUGUAAUAAAUGGGAAAUCCGUCCACUCUUUGAUCUUCAAAACUGGAUUUGAGAAUUACAAACUUGUAAGCAAUGCUCUAGUCGAUAUGUGUGCUAAGCAGAAUGACUUAGAUAGCGCUUCUAAGGUGUUCAAUUUUCUGGAGGAAAAGGAUGUUGUUUCCUGGACCUCCCUUGUCACUGGUUGUGCUCACAAUGGCCGCCAUGAAGAAGCCUUGAAGUUUUUUUGUGAAAUGAGAACCGAUGGGAUUAAUCCUGACCAAAUUGUCACUGCCAGCAUUUUGAGUUCCUGCGCAGAGUUGGCAUUGUUAGAUUUUGGGCUACAAGUUCAUGCAAAUUUCAUUAAGUCAGAACUUGGAACGUCCUUAUCAGUUGAUAAUUCUCUUAUAACAAUGUAUGGAAAUUGUGGGUGCCUGGAACACGUCAAUAAAAUUUUUGCCUCAAUGCAAAUUCGAAAUGUGAUCACUUGGACAGCUCUUAUAGUUGGUUACGCGCAAAAUGGUAAAGGAAUGGAGUCUCUCCGAUUCUAUGAUGAAAUGAUAGCUUGUGGGACUAAACCUGACUAUAUUACUUUUAUAGGCUUACUAUUUUCUUGCAGCCAUGCAGGUCUCGUUGAACUUGGUCGCUAUUACUUUGAGUCCAUGGUAAAAGAUUAUGGCAUAAGGCCUGGUCCUGAUCACUAUGCCUGUAUGAUCGAUCUUUUGGGUCGAUCAGGGAAAAUGCAUGAGGCACAAAGUUUACUGGAAGAAAUGGAUAUCAAACCUGAUGCAACUGUUUGGAAAGCAUUGCUUGCUGCAUGUAGAGUACAUAGGAAUGUUAAUCUGGCAAAGAGAGCGGCAACUGCUCUCUUUGAAUUGGAACCUCGAGAUGCUGUCCCUUAUGUCAUGUUAUCAAAUAUAUAUUCUGCAACGGGAAAUUGGGAAGAAGCUGCUGCAGUUAGAAGAUUGAUGAAAUCAAGAGGCAUCAGCAAGGAACCUGGACGUAGUUGGAUGGAAGUAAACAGCAAAGUGCACACCUUUGUGUCUGAAGAUAGAAAUCAUCCAAACGCAGACGAGAUUUACUUGAAGCUUGAUGAUAUUGUAAAGUUGAUUAAGGAAGCGGGUUAUGUGCCUGACAUGAAUUUCGCUCUUCAUGACAUUAAUGAAGAGGGCAAGGAACAUGGUCUUGCCUAUCACAGUGAGAAAUUGGCAGUUGCUUUUGGGCUUCUCUACGUGCCACAAGGAGCACCGAUUCGGAUAUAUAAGAACCUUCGGGUCUGUGGUGACUGCCAUACUUCCAUGAAGUUCAUAUCAGAUAUUUUUCAAUGCCAUAUUAUUUUAAGGGAUUCAAAUUGUUUUCAUCAUUUUAAAGAAGGAAUGUGUUCUUGUGGGGAUUACUGGUAGGAAGUGCAUCCUCUUACUUGUUUGAUCUGAAUCUCCCUUUAAGAAGCAUGAGGUUUUAUAAGCUAUUCUGUGUGAUUAGAUGGUCGAUAACGGUGUCAAUGUUUGUGAUAGCCAUGUUUUCAUCAAACCAUCACCAGGAUAGAUCUGAAGUGGAAUGCGGAGUGGUUUACUUACCCCGGUGUGGACCACCUACAUCCUAAUAUUGUUCUUCUCGUGGCUGGUUGUGCUCUUCGUUGUUGGUUGUUCCCUUGGCUUGGCAUGGACCAUUGUUCAUCUCUCACAUUUCCAUGAACGUUCUAAAUUAUGGUUGAUUUAGUGAUUAUAUUUAUUUGUGAUGGUUACUUAUCAAUGCUUUCACUGGUAGAAGGGAACAACAUUUUCAGAUGAUCAGGGCAUCUACAAUAUGUUGACUUGAUGGGAGCAAAUAGACAAUUGCAAGCAGCUUACUCGCAUUAGGAAGUUUUUGACAGUCAUACCCAUGGUGCUGUAGCAGUUGAGAAUCUGGGCAUCUUUUGGAGUUGAGUUUUGAUUUUGGAGUCAGUGCCACACGACAGAGUUUGUUAGUAUGACUCACUUCAUAGAACAUGUAGUCAGUGUUUUGGGACGUAUGUUCAUGUCUAGAUGUGAUUUUGCAUUACUUGUAGAUAGUUAUAAGGCUCACUAUAUAUUUUGUAUCCAUGUGUACAUUUCAUUUUAUUUCUUGGUAAAAGUUGAGGUUUCGGCUUA